UUAUGUUGUUUUUUUAUAUGCUCAGUGACGAACAAAAAACCAGCUCAAGCAUCUAUUACGAAGGUGAAGCAAUUUGAAGGCUCUACGUCUUUUGUGAGGAGAACGCAGUGGAUGCUCGAGCAGCUUCGCCAGGUCAAUGGUAUAGACCCUAAUCGGGAUUCCCCAGAAUUUGAUUUACUGUUCGAAAAUGCUUUUGACCAAUGGGUAGCAAGCACAGCUUCAGAAAAAUGCACAUUCUUUCAGGUUCUACAUCACACUUGUCAGCGAUACCUUACAGACAAGAAACCAGAAUUUAUCAACUGCCAGUCUAAAAUUAUGGGAGGAAACAGCAUACUCCAUUCAGCAGCAGACAGUGUGACAAGUGCAGUACAGAAGGCAAGUCAGGCUUUGAAUGAGCGUGGCGAAAGGCUAGGACGAGCAGAAGAAAAGACAGAGGAGCUGAAAAACAGCGCUCAACAGUUUGCAGAAACUGCACAUAAGGAGGAGUUAGAAGCCAUUAUGCAGCUGGAAAACUAUGAUAUAGUUGCAAUCACAGAAACAUGGUGGGAUAACUCGCACAACUGGAGUGUUGCAAUGGAUGACUAUAAACUCUUCAAAAGGGAUGGGCAGGGAAGGAAAGUCAGUGGAGUGGCCCCUUUUUAUGUCUGCUGGAAGCACAACACAGCAGAGGGGAAGCACUGUAGGAAGUUCCUGGGGUGUGUGGAAGAGAACUCCCCGACACAGCUGAUGAGGGAGCCAACGAGGGAAGGUGCCCCACUGGACCUGCAGUUUGUGAACAGAGGAGGACUGGUGGGUGAUGUGAUGGUUGGAGGCCAUCUUGGGCAUAGUGAUCACAAAAUGGUAAGAGUUUUCGAUUCUCGGAGAAGUACCCAGCCUCCUGAGCUGGAAGACAGGGACAGGGAACAGAAUGAAGGCCCCAUAAUCCAAGGGGAAAUGGUCAGCGACCAGCUACACCACUUGGAUGUGCACAAGCCUAUGGAGCCGGAUGGGUUCCCCCCAAGGGUACAGAGGGAGCUGGUGAAAGUGGCUCG